AUGUCAGCGAUAGUCUCCAGCUUCUCUUCGGCGCAGACCUGCGGGGAACGCAGAUACUGGACGCCGUCGGCCCGGGGGACCGCUGGAAGGUCGCGCGCCUGUACGACGUCAGCCAGUGGGACGUGGCAGAGCCGGUGCUGGCCACCUUCACCCAGGCUCUCGCAACACCCGGGCAAUGGGCGGCAGCCGCUGGAGUUCGACGCGCGCCUGGUGCCCUACCGGGCCACGGGGGCGGACGUGCACGUCAGCUUCCAGAGGGUCGGCGAGGUAAGGAUGGCCAAGAGGGCUCCCGCCGAGGAGGCCGCGGGCACCCUGGGGCCGGGCCCCUCGGACGCCAG